UUUGGGUGUCUCCGUGUCGGCAUACUGGUGCGGCUCGUGUUUUCAGUCUUUUGAUGCGCUGUCACCCCAAACGGCUGCGUCAAGCCAACCUGAAACACACGCAGCGAUACCGGAAGUGAUGGACAGAUCCUUUGAAAGUACCAGUUCCAGAGAAGAUGGUGGCCUCUGUGUUCGCCUUGCCCACCUCAAGUAAACAUGUUCAACCUGAUGAGCAACUGCUGCACCUGGGUCUCCAAAAUACAGGAGCCAAUCAGGAGAGUGACCAUUCUUGUCGUUGGUCUUGACAAAGCAGGAAAAACAUCCUCUAUCAGAGGAAUGUUAAAAGUCCCCCAUGGUGUGGAGGCAGGACCCACCCAUGGCUGUGUAAGAAACGAGCUGAGGGUGGAGAAUUACCUGGUCACCCUGCUGGACGUUGGAGGAUCAGCGGAGUCGAGAGGAGCCUGGAGGGAGCUCUAUGGAGACGCCCAUGGGAUCAUCUUUGUGGUGGACUCCAGCGACAGGCACAGGAUAAAGGAGGUCAAGGAGGUCCUGGCCGACCUGCUGAAACAACCAAGAGUGGCAGGAAAACCCAUACUAGUGUUGGCAAACAAACAGGACAAAAUGAACGCUUUGCUGGGAAGUGAGCUGAUUGAGAUCCUGUCUCUUGAAAAGCUGGUUAACCAGAGCCGCUCUCUGUGCCAUAUUGAGCCUUGUUCAGCCUUAAUGGACCUGCGACGGUGGUCGGACAGAAAGACUCUACGAGGUCUUCGCUGGCUGCUGCGUGCCGUUUGUCUGGAUUAUCCUGAGCUGUGUACUCGUGUAGCCCAGGACAGCAAGAGGCCCCUGGAGCCAAGAGAGAGGGUGAAGAAUGGGAAACCAGAGAAAGUUCGCAGAAAAACCAAGGUGGAACGAAUACGAUCCAGCAAGUCAGAUCUUCGCCAGGUGCAUCGGCCCAAAGACAAAGAGAAAAAGACCAAGGGUGAAGGAAAGCUGCAACCUAUUCGAAACAUGCUGCAGAAGGAGUCCACACUGAAAAAGAAGCUGAAGACAAAGACAAAGAAGAAGAAGCCGGUUAAGGUCAAGGAAGGUGAAAAAGAUCCAGAGGAAGCAAAUGAACAAGAGGAGGAGGAGGAGGAGGAGGGUGACGGUAAUGAAGGAGAGCAAGAAAACUUGGGUCAUAGAGAGAAAGCCAGCAGCGCCCUGAUCCCUCCUAAAAAAGGCAAACUGAAACGCAAAACAAAGGUGAAAGAGGAGACUCUGGAUGUGCCAGAAUCACUGGACAACGAUGAGAAGCCACUGAAAGCUAAAGGUGAGAGGAAGAAGAAGAAGAAAGUUGUGAAGGUAAAGAGGAAGAACAAGAUCAACACAGAGGAGAUGCCUGCAGCUUACUCUCAACCUGUGGACCUCUCUGCAACCUUUGAUCUUUACCGAAAAGCAAUACUGGCUCUGAAGGAACGUCAGGAUCAGGGACAGAGAGAGUGAGGCCUGGUUUGUGUCCUGCCGAGUGUGAGGAUGUGGUCCACAGCAGUAGUACACAACAACAACAACACACUACAAUGCUACACAAACUCUCACACCCACAGAUUCAGACUGCUAAUGUAUAUCUUUAUCACCUUUUAUAGACUUAAGACCUGAUCCCGGAACCUUUGGAGAGAAACUGCAGAUUCCAAUGUGUAGUGAAGGGCAGGUCUGUGUUAACAUGUAAUCAUAGAAAAAUAACAUUAAUAAUAAACAUUUUAAAAAGAUAAAUUAAAAAUAAAUGUGUGCUUGGCCAAAAAAAGUUCAAGGAGAUUUUGUUUGUAUGAAUCUAUGCAGUUUUGAUUGUAAUGGAAACAUGAUUUUUGAGCUGAAUUCCUUUUUUUAAAAUGAUUAUUUGAACAAUUUUCCAGUGAUGAGCAGUGCACUGAGCUUGUUGUAGAGGUGAACAGAUCUGUGAAAUUGUAUAAUAAACUUUUUGUUACUA